CGCCACUUUACUUCAGAGACCCCUGAAUUCGUAUAUCUCCAGGAAUUGGUAAAUUCAAGAGCCAGGAUCUUAUCGACAUCAUGGCGACAUACGCUCUAUCACAGUCUCACCGAGAGCAACUCGAGAAGUCGCUGGCUGAGUCUGAUCCAGAGGUUGCUGAGAUUAUGAAAAAAGAGAUUCAACGCCAACGAGAGUCAGUCGUUCUGAUCGCUUCUGAGAACUUUACUUCCCGCGCUGUGUUCGAUGCUUUGGGAUCUCCCAUGUCAAAUAAAUAUUCCGAGGGUUACCCGGGCGCCAGAUAUUAUGGUGGCAACCAACACAUUGACACAAUUGAGCUCACUUGCCAGACGAGAGCUCUCAAGGCCUUCAAUCUGGAUCCAGCCAGGUGGGGUGUCAAUGUUCAGUGCUUGAGCGGAAGCCCUGCAAAUCUGGAAGUCUAUCAAGCUUUGAUGAGACCACACGACAGACUGAUGGGCUUGGAUCUUCCUCACGGAGGGCAUCUGAGUCACGGAUAUCAAACCCCCCAGAAAAAGAUUUCCGCUAUUUCAACAUAUUUUGAAACCUUGCCAUACCAAGUCGACCUCGAGACUGGCAUCAUCGAUUAUGGGACCCUUGCUAAAAAUGCCAAGCUUUACCGCCCAAAGUGUCUUGUUGCGGGUACCUCUGCCUACUGUCGCUUGAUCGAUUAUAAGAAGAUGCGGGAGAUCGCUGAUUCCGUCGGUGCCUACCUGAUUGUGGACAUGGCUCACAUUUCUGGCCUCAUUGCUGCCGGCGUCAUCCCAUCUCCAUUCGAGUAUGCUGAUGUGGUCACUACUACUACCCACAAGUCUCUCCGUGGCCCUAGAGGAGCUAUGAUCUUCUUCCGCAAGGGUGUAAGGAGUGUUGACCCUAAGACCGGAAGGGAAACCAUGUACGACCUCGAGGGCCCCAUUAACUUCUCCGUCUUCCCUGGCCAUCAGGGGGGUCCCCAUAACCAUACCAUCACCGCUCUGGCCGUUGCCCUAAAACAAGUCGAUACCCCGGAGUUCAAGCAAUAUCAACAGCAAGUGCUGAAGAAUGCCAAAGCCCUUGAGGAGGAGUUUAAAAAGCUAGGCUGCAAGUUGGUCUCUGACGGAACGGACAGCCACAUGGUCCUUCUGGAUCUAAGGCCAAAGUCCCUUGACGGUGCCCGUGUUGAAGCCGUUCUCGAACAGAUCAACAUUGCAUGCAACAAGAACUCCAUCCCAGGCGACAAGUCCGCGUUAACGCCCUGCGGCAUUCGAAUUGGCGCCCCAGCCAUGACCAGCCGUGGCAUGGGCGAGGAGGAUUUCAAGCGCAUCGCCAACUAUAUUGACAAGGCUAUCAAUAUCUGCAAGACCAUCCAGGCCGGCCUGCCCAAGGAGGCUAACAAGCUCAAAGACUUCAAGGCUAAGGUGGCUAGCGAAAGUGUGCAGGAGAUUUUGGAUUUGCGCAAAGAAAUGGCUGCGUGGGCAAGCACUUUCCCGCUACCCGUCUAGAAAGCUUUCAGUUCCAUUGUUUGGGGAAUUCCAGUUGUAGCAGGACUUGAACGCAUUAUUAUCAUUGAUGGUUCGGAAUCAAAACACAAACUUUGAAAAUGGCGAUGGAAAAAAAAAAUGGGGGAUAAAACAAAAGCGGUAUUUAUUUUCAACCUGACAUGAGGACCACGAGCGUUAUAUGCAUGAUGAGUAUGGGUUUAAUGGAUUUUCAACAAGCGAUCCAUGGCGCAGCUGGGCGAUCGAUUAUAUAUGUAUUUUUUCCUAUUGCACUACUUUUGGCAUCAUUUCCCCUCAUUCCGCUCGUCGUAUUUCGUUGGCACGUCUGAAUCUCAUCAUCAGAAAUGCUUGUAAAAUAUUUUACUUGGAAAUGAAGUCAACAUCCACGGACUGAUAUUUGCACACAAUCGCAUACAUUUCCAUGU